AUGAAAUCGCCCUUUGCCUUUUCGGGCCGGCUCCACAAACGAGGCCUUUGUUUGGUGACCGUGCUUUGCAUAUUGACCUUGGUCUCAUACCACUUUGUCGACUUUUCCGUGGUGACCCAGGAUACCAAGAUCGACUACUCCGAAACCGGGUUCGGUAUCAAUGAUUACAACGUUCGAGAACUACUCCACUACCCAAAGUAUAAAUACUCCUUGACCGAAAACUUUCAAAAACACGUCGGUGAUUGGGACGCCUUUGUCCAGAAACCUCAAGCUGAAAAAUGUGGCCAGUUCUUCCGGUUUUUAGAGAAGGAACAGCCCGACUGGGAGCUACCCACGUUAUACCAAGAGACCUAUGACAAGAGCUGUGUACUGAAGGGCCUGUUCUUCCGCCAUGCCUAUGACGCAGUCAAGAAGGAGAAGAAGAGAACCGGACGUCCUGAUUUUGAGACAAUCACCGAUCAAGAGCUAGAGGAGAUCAAUGAUUACUUCAAUGAGAGAGUCAAUGUGACUUACACGCAAGAAACCCGCAUGGCUGACCUCAUGACAGUCGUCAGACUUUACGGAAAUUGUUACUUUGGCAACGAAGUGUCAGACCCAGAUCCAGACAUUCAAGGCCAUUGGGCCAGGCGAAUGACGCCGUUUUUCCACGACCAGCUCCCGGUUUUCGAGACUCCCGACGGUGCAAUUCUCGAAAAUCACUUCCCCGGAGCACGAAGCUAUAAACCAAACGACACCCUCCUUCAGUAUUACCACGAGAAUAUGAAAGGAAAAGGCAUUGUUAUUUCAGCAGCAACCCGCUACACUAAGGAUAUCACUCGCUUGAUCAGAGUUCUCAGGGCACUCAACAACAAGCUUCCAAUUCAAAUAGUGUACCGAGGAGACUUGCUGAGCCGAUCGAAGAAAACGCUUUGGGCAGCUGCCGUGGCUUCUAAAGAAGACUUUCUUAGUGACCGCUUCACAGACCAAAAGCUCCUCCAUAAAGUCAUCCCUGAGAUUGACUUGUCCGACCCGGAAAAGUUCGGCUCUGACUAUCCGAUCCAGCACCUUACAUUUGUCAACAUCGAAAGACCCAUGAAGGGCCAGGGAAAGCACGUUUUCUCGGGCUACAACAACAAAUUGUUAGCGUUGAUGUUCAACUCUUUUGAGGAGGUGAUGUUGGUGGAUGCUGACGCUGUGCCGUUGGAAGAGCCGCUUUCGUUGUUCCAAUCGCCUGAAUUCCAAGAAACUGGUGCUUACUUCUUCAGAGACCGCCUGCUUCGAGACAGUAACGACUGGAUCGAAACAAACUACUUUUCCAAGCUCAUGCCUCACCAGCACAGCACGCUUGACCUUGGUCUUGGUAUCAAGCCAGUGACUGACUACACCAUGGACAUUCCUUACAUGAGAGGAUGGAGACACACCCAGGAAGCUGGGAUCGUUCUCUUCCACCGCAAGAAACACUACACCGCUAAUUUGAUCUUGCUUCCCUUGGCACUCUGGGGCGAACCCAUCAAGCUGUCCAUCUGGGGCGAUAAAGAAAUGUACUGGAUGGCCAUGGCCAUGGCUGGUGAUGAACACUAUCUGUGGAGUAAAUAUGAUGCAGCCAGUGUGGGCGAACUUACAACGGAUCUGUUUCGGAAGUUGUACAAUGCCCUGGCGGCUCUGGAAGUGUGUCUGACCCAUCCUGGCCACAUGCUGUCUUCUGGACGAAUUUUGUGGAUUAACCUGGGUUUCUCGUUUUGCAAGAAAAAUGGAUACAGCAGAGACGAGCGCCGCUUCCCCUUCUCGACCUUUGAGGAUAAAGAAGUCUUGAAAGAUUUGUAUCAAGCACCUCUCCGUGUUCGAGAUGCUGUCGUGCCUCCAGGGAUGCCGCCAUUACGGCCUCGAGGAAGCCCGGUGGAUCUCACCGUGGAAGUGAAUUACAAACUCGAGCUGAAAAACCGCAAAAAGGACGUCGAUCAGAUAGACGACGUGGAGCAAAUUGGCGAGUAUGAGCCUCAGAAGGGCUGGGUCAAGUCUCAUUGUUGCACAGACUACUACUACUGUGCUUAUAGUGCGAUCGAGAACUACGACAACUCAGGAACUAUAGACAAUUCCGGAUCCGUAUUUUCUUUUGGCGACGAGGAUCGGAAGCGUUACGACUUUUUAGGUAAGGUAUGGAUCACGUGGACCCAUAACUUCCGAACUUUGGAGGUAACCAUGCCGCCUUUAAGUGAUUAUCCAACUUACGAAGGGGCUACACCAUACACCCUGGAUAGCCUGGACUCUAUCCAAAAACUAGACUAA